CUCAUGGCUGGCAUCCGCGAAGGGUACCUGCUCCAUUUGGACGCCCAAAACGACAACUUGGGCGAUAUUCACUAUGCAGCGCUGGAAGAAGGCAUGCUCAAGAUGUACUCUUCGCCCGACCGCCAAGAUGCGCAUUUGAUCCUCAGCGUCUCGUUGGCCAGGCACAGCAUCGAGGUGGACAUGGUGCCAUUCAGCGAUGGCAAUGGCCUCCCGUGCCGCUUUUUCGUGCACUUGACGCCCGCCGACGGCAGCUGCUACGACGCUAUGGUCGAGAGCGUUACUGAAUUGGCAACGGCACAGCUUCGACUCAUCAUUUCGAUCACUCCCUCUCAGCGAAAGCGACCAAGCUGCUAUUGCAGCCCAACGAAUGUCUGACUUGCGUCAACUUGAAGAGAGAGUGCAGCAGUACGACCUCGUCCCGCGAGCUUCACCGAAGUCGCCUUCUGGCCAAAACUCCAUCUGGACUUGGGUUCAAGGCUUGAUCUCGCAGAAAAAUCCCUCAUAGCUCCACGCAUCUAUCCAAAUGUACCAAUAUCUCUUCAAUAGUCC